AAGAAGAAAGAGGGUAAAUGGACUGGAGUAGCAGCAACCCCAUGCCGUUUGUUCCUCGCCCUGCACAAAGUUCCUUUGCCUUUCUCUACAACUAUAACAGUGACCCCUAUCUAUACCCACCUGGAGGGACAGAGAUGAAGCAAAUGAUGCAGCAGGGCUCUUUACCAAUGAUGGAUAUGAGCCAACUUGAUUAUGAUAACAACAAUCAGGACAAGAAAAAAAGAUUGACAAGUGAACAACUUGAGGCACUGGAAAACAGUUUUCAGGAGGAGAUAAAACUGGACCCUGAUAGGAAGAUGAAGCUUGCACAAGAACUAGGGCUGCAGCCUAGACAAAUCGCAGUUUGGUUCCAGAACCGACGUGCUCGUUGGAAGGCUAAGCAGCUUGAGCGCUUGUACGAUGCUCUUAAACAAGAGUUCGAUGCUGUCUUCAGGGAGAAGCAAAAGCUUCAAGAUGAGGUACUAGCAUUGAGAACCAUACUCAAAGAACAAGGCAAGAGACAAGCAGCAGUCUCUACAACAGGUUACACAGAUAUGUCCGGAGAAGAGACAGUUGAAAGCACAUCGGUGGCCGCCAUUAGAAGCUCCAACAACCACCCUCACCACACAGUCGUUGCCGCAAACACCGCUGCUGCUGUCGAAUGCAGCUAUAUGCUCAACUAUGAUGGAUCAGCAAUGCCUACUCCAUCUUACUCCAACUGGGCUGUUCUUCCUUCUUAUCCAUAAAAUCAUCUUUAGUUUACUUAGUCAAGUUUUAGAUGU